AUGUUCUCACGUUCGGCUUUAUUUGUACAACAAUUAUCGACAGUUAAUUCACGACGAAAUUUAUCUAUAAAACAACUUCAUGAUAUCAAGCCGAUAAUCAAACGAAAUCUGGCAUGGUUUUCCAACCAACCAGGGAAGGAAACGUUCGGCGGACGAUUAAAACGACGUUUAAAAAAUGUAUUUAUUGUGACUGUUGUUGGUUUCGGUACGUUUUAUGCUUACCGUGCGUAUCAACGAUAUAAAUGGUUCCAUGAAAUGAGCGAUUCGGAUAAGACGCUUGGAACUAAACAACGUAUUGUUGUUCUUGGAACAGGUUGGGGCGCUGUACCGUUGUUAAAACAUAUCGAUACGAGUAAAUACGAAGUUAUUUGCGUGUCUCCACGAAAUUAUUUUCUAAUGACGCCAUUACUACCUUCGGUAAGUGUUGGUACAGUCGAAACUCGAACAGUGAUUGAAUCGGUUCGUUCACUUAUUGGUCCCCGAGUCAAAUAUAUCGAAGCACAUUGUGUUAAUAUCGAUCCAAAAGCAAAAGUAAUCACAUGCAAUACAGAUGGCGAUUCGAACGUAUCUCGUGGCGAUGAUGUUAAAGCAAUAUUACCAAUUUCGAAACGGGAAGGUGGUGCUUCAUCAAGAAUUAUCAAGGAUUCAGCUCGAACACGGCCACAAUUUGAUAUGAAAUACGAUAUACUUGUCGUUGCGAUUGGUUCAGAAAAUAACACAUUUAACACGCCUGGAGUUGAAGAGCACGCACAUUUUCUGAAAGAACUUCUUGAUGCUCGACGUAUUCGUUCUGCGAUUAGCGAUGCAUUUGAAUCAGCAAUGACGCCAACACAAACAGUCGAGGAGAAAAAACGUCUUCUACAUUUUGUUGUUGUUGGAGGUGGACCAACAGGCGUUGAAUUUGCAGCGGAACUUGCUGAUCUUGUUCGCGAAGAUCUUCAACAUUAUUUUCCACGUUUGGUCGCAAAUGAUGUUAAAAUAACAUUAAUCGAAGCACUUGAUCAUGUCUUAUCCAUGAUGGAUAAGAAAAUUAGCGAUUAUACCGAACGUCAUUUUCGUCGUGAAAACAUCGAGGUGUUGAUGAAUACAUUCGUCAAAGAAGUCAAACAACGGGAAGUUGUUGUUCAAUACAAAGGCUCAACCGAACUAAAAUCUAUACCAUGUUCUAUGGUAGUUUGGGCAACUGGUAUCAAAGCACGACCAUUGACAAACAGAAUCCGAGAAAUCAUCGGUUUAAACAUUCAAAGCAAUCGUAUGGGUCUUCUCACUGAUCGAUAUUUACGUGUAAAAGGUGUCGACGAUGGAUCAAUAUUUGCUAUUGGUGAUUGUGCUACGAUUCAGCCAGCUAAAUUAGCUGAUCGAAUUGAAGCACUCUUUGAAGAAGCGGAUACACAAAACCGAGGAGCGCUUGAUAUUCAACAAUUUCGAACUUUAGUGGAGAAAAAAGUUGCCGAAUAUCCACAGUUAGAAGUAUUUUCGAAAAAGAUCGAAGAUGCUUUUGCAGAAGUUGAUAAGAACAAAUCAGGUUAUUUAACUCUUUCUACUCUUCGUUCCAUUCUCGAAAAAGCUGACCAGAAAAUUCGUGCAUUACCCGCAACUGCUCAAGUUGCAUCUCAGGAAGGUCGUUACGUUGCAAAACUUCUCAAUCAAGCCUCUAAUGUUCAUUCUACCGACUUUCAACAACAGAAUUUAACACCAUUUCAAUAUAAACAUAUGGGUUCAUUAGCAUACGUUGGCGGUGAUGAAGCUGUAGUCGAUUUUACUGGCUCGAAACCGCUCCUUGAUUAUUUCGAUUUGAAACCAUUAUCAGGUCGUAGUGCUGUUUACCUGUGGAAAUCAUUCUAUUUCACGGAAAUGUUUACUGGACGCACGAAAACAUUACUCGCGUUUGAUUGGGUUCGUACGCAUAUAUUCGGUCGAGAUAUUAGUCGAUAUUAA